AUGAUUGCGGUUACCCUGACCCCUUCCACCUGUACCUUCCCGCUUCACCGCCUGGCUACUUACGAGGUCGUAAGCGCAAGUUCAGGGGUAAACGUAUCGGCAGCGAUGCGAUUUUGCGAACCUCCCGUGCCCUUUGAAUCGCGAGCUCAGUUAGCUGAGAUCGUGUGUUCAUUCCUUCCCGUGCACCCGGAUGAAGGCAUAUCUCCUCUGGCCGUCUUCCAACUCCCACAAGUAGACAAAGCAUGGCUAACGGACCGUCUCGCCCGAUUCCAUAAGUUUCAACGUGAUCCUGUUGGGUCGAAAAAACGAUUAAGUAAAAUAUGUAAUGUCGCCUGCUCAGCUUUGGCGGCGGUACAUGCAAUGGGCGAUGAUAAGCAGACUCACGGAGUCUUCGCCACCAUACUCACCCCUGUCUGGUAUCCCCUACGCAUACAGUUCAUCCUGCUCGAUAUGGCGUCCGAAGCGGUAUGGGCGCCAGAACGUCACGUCAUCAUGUGGAUUCCUGGUACUGAAUGCGUUUUCCUGGUCACACGAAGCGUUAAUUCGCGCCUCGAGCAACAUGGUCACAUGCUCGAGGAACAGCGCACAUGUGAUAUCUGCGUGCGCCUCGAUAAGUCCACAGCUGCGGCGAACCCCGUGUACGACCAAGUAUCGCGUUCCAACAUCUUUGGCAACCUUCGCCCGAAGGUCAUGGGCGAUCACGUCGCCAAUUUAUUCUAUGCCAAUCAAGCAAUUUGCACGAGCGACGAACCCUACCUGCGUAACUCACCGCCUUCAUUGACCCUCACUCCCGAUCAGGAGGAUGCGGUACGCAUCGGCUCUGGGCUACUUCCCCUCGUGGCUAUCCAGGCCGCAUAUGGGACAGGAAAAACCCUUGUGGGAUCCCUCAUUGCAGCAUUAGCUUCGGUAAACUUCAGUAAUAUUAUUGUCGUCACUACCUCCACCAAUGCAGCAGUGGCGCAGUUCACAGAGACCCUUCUCUCCUUGAAUUUCGCGCAUCUUAACAUAGUACGCCACAUUUCCGACACUGCCGCUGCUGACAAUCAGAUCCCAACACCGGUGGACCUCGGCAAAAUCCUUCGGACCCUCGGCAACGACUAUCAGAAACAGCUCUCACAUGAGGAGUUCCAGACCUGUUAUCAAUUCCACGAGUAUAGGGAGAUCCUCCAGAAUUAUCUCGACCACCCAGAGUUGAUCCCCAACAUGUCGGACGAAGACCAGGAGGAGAAUGAAAUUGCGAGCGUUAUGUGUCACAAACCCCAAAACGCACGAUGA